UUUCUCCCUCCCUUCCUUUCGCCCUCUCAUCCUUUCGCCCUCCCUUUCUUUUGCCCUCUCUUCCUUUUGCCCUUCCUCUCUUUCGCCUUCUCAUCCUUUCGCCCUCCCUUUCUUUUGCCCUUCCUCUCUUUCGCCUUCUCUUCCUUUCGCCUUCUCAUCCUUUCGCCCUCCCUUUCUUUUGCCCUCUCUUCCUUUUGCCCUUCCUCUCUUUCGCCUUCUCAUCCUUUCGCCCUCCCAUCCUUUCGCCCUCCCUUUCUUUUGCCCUCUCUUCCUUUUGCCCUUCCUCUCUUUCGCCUUCUCAUCCUUUCGCCUUCUCAUCCUUUCGCCCUCCCUUUCUUCCUUCCUUUUCCUACCUUCCCCCAUUUUCCCUUCCCUUCCUUCCUUCCUUCCUUUGUUCUUUACCCUUCUUUUGCUCGACUCCUUCGUAAUCCUUCCUUUCUUACUUCCUACUUUUCCGGUCUUCCUUUCUUCCAUCCUUUCUUACUGUUUUUUUUCCCUUUCUUCUGGUCUCAGCGUGACCUUGCUCUCUGUGACAGUAGUAUAGCGGACUGCUUGGCAGUUGUAAAAAUGAGUAGAGGAGGAAUUAAGGUGUAAGGGAGGAAGUGAGAAGCACGUAUAGACAAAAAAUAAAGGAAAGAGUUUGCGAAUAAAUCCGCUGAACAAAUUGUUGUUUAUUUCUCGUAACAAUUCACUCUAUUUAAAAUUAACAAAAUGAAAACUAGACUGAAUGAUCAACUAAAGCUAGAAACACAUGAAAUACAAGGAUUUUCGGACGAAAUCAGCUACCUAACUAUUGAAGUUAAAAUACCUUUCCCUUUUUCUAGCUUAACAACAGUUGUUAUUUGUUUAAAGGAACGGAAAAUAAAAAAGGAAAGUUUAAAACAUGUUCAAAAUGAACAGCAUUAUCGUCGACAACACGAACACGUUUGCAGUAACUGUGAAUGCAACAUUGCACAGGUCCUUAUCGCUGCAGCAGUAAGCACUACAGCUCUUUAGCGUAUCAUAGCUGUCAUCAGGGAAUGUGACGUCCUCGCACUUUUUCAUGUUCUCCUCACAGGCCGUCUUGUGCAAGCACCGUCGAGCUCUAUAACUUUGCCGCUCUUUGUUUUAUAGUCGAUCUUUGAGCAGGCCGGUUCAGCAAAGGUGCAGUUUAUUUGAACUUUAUUGUUAUCACAAUCGUCUUCGCUUAUGUCCGGUUUGCACUCAUAGCAAUUCAAGGAAUAUGCUGUUGAGACAAAGAAACACUUCAGUUGACUGAUCACAGUGUUUCGGGUAUUUUGAUGAGGGGACAUUGGGGGGGUGGGGUACCCAAUACCGCAAUAUCGUAAUACCGUAAGAGAAAUUGGCAAAUACCGCACUACCGUGUCGAAAAUCGACGAAAUACCGAUACCACAUUUAUGUCUGGUCACGCUUACUUAACGUUGUAUCCAUCUGGCGUGUUUUUUAAUUUAAAGCAUGUAUACACCAGAAAAUCAACCUCAGCAUUUGCGAGAAAACGUGAGAUCUCGAAUUGAUCGGUACACGAUCGAAAAGCCAGGUUACUCGAUGUCCUACCAAUUUCAUCAUAGAGUAACCUUCAGAAACUGCGUAUUCAUUUACCGUUAAGUCUAAAGUCUUCCAAAUAUUGACACAGGAGAGGGCAAAUGAACGGUACCACAAUACCGUGAAGGAUCUUCUUUUACCAAUACCCGUUAGCCAGAAGGAUGAAAGAAACCGCAUACCGCAGGGCUGGAUGAUACCGCAAUACCGCACAUUAAAAUCAAAACUACCGAAAUAUUGCUUGAAAAAAAGCUCAAUACCACAAUACCGUAAACCCCCAUGUCCCCCUCCAUAAUACUCUGAGACAUGCACUGUUUUUGUAUAAGGCAAAUCGUGAAUAGGAGCUAAAUAAAUGAAAAGAAUAAAAUAGUUAAUUGUUAAUACAUGUAUAUAACAAUAGAAUUUAAAACUAAAGUCGAUAAAAAUGGUUGUUGAUUACAACGAAAAAACACACCCUUAACGAUCAUGCCUGUUGACAUUUCAGUGUGCCCUAUAAUCCAUGGCAACCGCUGUAUAAGACUAUGUUGGAAAAUGGCAAUAGAAACACAGCAAAAUAAACUGUACAAAGAGCCUCUAAGUACAUUACAGUCGAGCGUCCUGUAAGCGACCACCCAAGUGCAAAGACUGAGUGGUCGCUUACGGGAGGUGGUCGUUUACAAGAAUCAAACCACAGGGGACCUCUUCCGAGAAGAGGUCCAGGCACAUCUACUUUAUGGAAGAUAAUUUAUUGCUUGCAAUGUCUAAGUUACGACAUGUGUAGUUCCAUUUUCUCACAAAAGUUCUUCGUUCAUUCUAAGUAGCAUAGUGCCCACAGAGAACUUAGAGAUCAGAGAAUGCGUCAAAUGGUCGCUUACAAGAGGUUAAAAUAAAUGGAAAAUCAUUAACCGUCAAGCCCAAAAAGUGGACGCGGACGCUUACAUGAGGUGGUCGUUUAAUUACUAGAGGUUCCAACUGUAAGGCUUUGACUGGGAAAAUUUUGGUGUUUUGGAUAGGCGGUCGUUUAUGGGAGGUGGUCGCACAUGGAGGUUCGACUGUAUACGGUUAUGAUGUAAUAUCCACUCAGACCGAAAAUUUUCCUUGACGCAAUCCUCAGCAAUGCACAUAAACUGUUUUCAGCGAAACUCAGUAAUUAAAAAUUCUUUGAUAGGUCAGUCUGAUUUUAUUCGCGCUAAGUUUUGCUCCUUGACUUGAACACCAAGUUCGGAAACUGGCCUGCAGCCAUGCCCUUCAAUUAACAGAUUACCACAUUACCUACCAAUGGAAAAUGUGGCACAGGGCAGCAAAAGACGUAAAACGACAGCAAGGGUGUUCUCCACCAUGUUUAUUAAAGAAAUUCUCGAAUCCACCAACUUUUGCCACCCUUGCCGGUAACCUAUCGAGACAGGGACCUCACAUAAUCAGUUCAAUUUUGUAAGAGACUUUAUGCAAGACCGAUUAAGCAUGUUUCCUUGGAGAUCGCAAAAAUAUUGUUUUUGUGAUAUUCGACCGUGAUGUUUUUAGUUUAAUAAUAAACACGAAACACGAAUUAAAAUUACCCAAUUCUGAUUGGCUGAGAAAGGAGUGCAGUUCUUCUGUAACACAAGUGCAAACUUGCAACACGAGUGCAAAUUACAAAUGGUUUCUGAUUGGCUGAAAACACAAAAGAAACCAACGAGAGCCAAUCAGAUUAGAGCUGUUUUAGCAACAAAAUUUAACAAAAAUGGCCAUGGUUUUCAGCAAACGACGAUCUGAUUAUUGUAAAGCGAGUUAUUUUUAACAGGCUGGAAACCAUGUAAAAUAUCCUUGCACAUUUCCAAGUUCUUAGCUGAAUGAUUUUGAAAGCGUUGGUGUUGAAAAAGUUUGAAUUUGACAAAGGUAGUAGUCUGUUUCAGCCAAUCAGUUGAAUGAACUAAAAACGCACGCGCUGUCAAAAUUUGUUGUUGCAGUUAUGUUUUUCGCGUGUAUCUUGAUUAAUAAGUAAUCACAUGAUAUUUCUCGUGCAAAAAAUGAUCAAAUUAUUGAUUUAUUUCUGACUUAUAAAUCUGCACACUGUUUUACAAAAUGUAAACUCGACUGAAUUAGAUACAAUGUCAAACCAGAAUAUUAAUUCAGGACAAUAAACAAUAGUAUACAAGGACUGAGUUUGUGACAAAAAAAGGUUGGUGCUACUAAUAACUAAAUUUAAAGUACCUUUGAUUUUUGCAAUUUAGUUGCUUUGUGAAUGUUUCAAAAAGAAAAAAAUUGAAGAGCUAAGUUAGCUUUCAAUGCAUGUUUAAACUCAACAGCAUUGUUGCGGACAACAUGAGCACGUGUGCAGUAACCGCGAAUGCUCCAUUACAGAGGUCCUUAUCUCUGCAGCAUUUAAGGCUACAUUUCUUUAUUUUAUCCGAGUUGCCGUCGGUGUAUGUACCGUCCUUGCACUUUUUCUCGAUAUCUUCACACAUCGUCUUUAGCAUGCAUGCUCGCCAUCUAAUCUUUUUGCCACUCUCUCGAUCAGCGUCUGCUUUAACGCAGACCGGUGUAGCGUCUGUACAAUUCAUUUCACUUUUGUCUUUGUCACAAUCUUCUACGCUUUGGUCACCUGGGCACAUAUAGCACUUCAAGGAAUAUGCUGUGGAGAUAAUGAAAUGCAAAAGCUCUUCGCAUUAUUAUAUUCAUCAUCAUUAUCAUUGUUUAUUGUUGUCAUUAUUAUUAUUAUUAUUAUUAUUUAUUAUUCAUUCAUUUGUUCAUUCAAAAUAUUUUUCCGUUUCUAAUUGGCUUAAAUCCCACGCAUAUUUCAUCAUACCCAGCAGCAACUGUUGACUAGAUUUGGAAGAAUUUACGAUACGUGAAAAAUGACGUCGAUAGGACAAUUGCAUGAUGACGAAGUCUUACUACAACUACCAGAAUAGUCAGACGUCAUCAUCGUGCAAUUGUCCUAUUCUACAGCAUUUUGCCUGAAAACUGAACAGUUAACCGAGAAGACCUGGGAACGAGAUUCAGUUUUGGUAGUGAGUACAAAAUGGCGGAACAUUUCACUCGUUUCACGAGAAAGAAAUGUGCGAGCUAUUGGCUAAAAACGUAGCAACUAAGAGCAAGAAUACAACUCGUCGGACGACAUCCACUAUCAUGGCUAUUUGGAGAAUAUUUGCAGGGCUGAACAACUCUUUAUCUCCUAAACUUGCCAAUAAGCAGGCAAUUGAAGAUGAACUUAACAUCGAUGGAGGUAAGCAUUUUAAACAAGAAAUUCUUUUGAAUGAAUGCCUAAACAAUUAUUGAAUUUGGCUUUCGUAUCAUCUGUAGAAUUAUGGAGAUCUCAGAGGGUGUUAUACGAUACUCAGACCAAUAAUAAUUAUAAUAAUUAUUAUUAUUGUUUCACGCUUUUUUGUACAUUUCUUUGCCGUCGUUGCACGACUACGGUCUAGGUAGUCGUUUUAUGGGUUGUAGGUCUUCGUUUUCUAGGUCGUCGUUUUCUAGACACCCAGAAACCUCCUAGUUUUACGUUUUAUGGACAACGUGAACGCAAAUGCAAGGUAACGAUUUCUUAUUUUGAACUUUAAUAGAUAAAGUCCUAUCAGAAACUCAUUAUGGGUUUCUGGUCCUAUAGAAUCAAGUCCAGAAGAAUUCCUCAAUAAAAAUCAAGUUACAUGAAAUGGAAGAAGAGUAGUAAAGUUUCAAAAAGCGUGAACUCGCUUUCCAAGUGACGUUUUCUCUGCCGUUGCCGUCGUGAUUGCUUAAGCUUCCUAAUUUUUCACCCGCGCAGAAGGAGCCAUGGUCAGCUUUUUCGUCCUAAGUAAGUCUCAUUAGCAUUGUAAACAUUGGCCCCUCCGUGACCUACCGAGGCGAGUGCAAGAGCUAUAGUUUAAGCGCCCUCUUCACAGUACACAUGUGAUAGCUGCUGGUUGGGAACGGCAACACUCACUCCCACGGCAUGCGUAUGGAGAUGAGAUCAGCUAAAUUGAACUGUGUGCCUAAAUAAAGGGCCAUUGAUGCUCGGAUUUGACCGUUCAUUGGUCCAUGGCUGCCAUUGCCCGGGUGAUAUGGUUGUAUGCAUACCGCGGCCAUGGCGCAGAUUUAAUACGUGUGCUUCAGUGCUGAUAAAUAAAGUGGUGAUCAAAAAAGUGUGAGUAAACCAGACCGACUGAUGCUGUAGCGUCUCUCGACCAUGUUUCAAGUCUGAUUGGAUCGUCGUCUUAUGGCUCCAAAACUGACUCGUCUGCAGUCGCCUUUAUUUGGACUCGGGAAUCGCACGCGGGGGACGGAACGCGAGAAGUCGUGGCCGUAGGGAGAAGGGGGGGUGAAGGGAAAUGCUUGAGCCCACCUUUGCGCUUUUCUCGUACAGAAGACUGAGAGACCAAUGGAGACGAGUCAGGCUCCAAUACAUGCCAGGCAGGUCGCAAGAACGUUAAGCUUUCCAUGCACAAACAAAAUUAUCAGAUGUCUGUGAGAUGAUCUCGUAACACCGAAUCUGUCCAAUCCAAACCAUCUGUUUGUUUGCAAAGUUUAAGAGCGACGGUCAGGAAAUAUCGACCAUCAAGUGGCAAGAGUUGAAAAAUCGAUUGCCUUCAUUUUUUGUCCAUAAAUAGCGUUUAGGUAGAUAAGUAAUCUGAUGUAAGUUGUUCUCGCAAAAAGCCUUUUACUUUCGAGAAAAGUAAGAAUAUCAGUUUUCGUGGUUGGAGUUUCAAAAUGGCCGUAUUUUCAACCCGAAAUUUGCUAACAUCGACUCUCCUCGCGUUCGCAAAUAAAGCCGCAAGGAGAAAUGUGGGCACUUUCCAUCAAUAAAACAACUCCUCUUCUUUCACUAGAAGAUACUUUCAAAGCAAUAUCAAAACUCGUUGAACUAACAUAAUUCAGAAACGAAGAACAGAUUUUUACGGUGACAAAAACUUUAAUUUAGUAGUUGUUUUCUGUGGCAUUUUUCUUCACGUGGUAUAGCUCCAAAUUUUCCCGGUCCUCGUUUAUUCACACAUUUAGACAUUCAUCUAAAGCAUACCUGAGAAUUAGCUCGGGUUCCUUUAGGCAGCCUCCAAACGAAAGCAUCAAAGUCCGGUAAAAAUAGUGAAGCGUGACCAAAAUACCUUAUGUAACGGCUCCAAGUUUUCUCGAUCGUAAAGUAAGAAAACGAAAUAUCUUCCUGUUCCGUCAUCCUUAGCAAAUUACCAUUGUUAAAGUCCAUAUUUUUCGAUAAAAUGUGGGUACCAAAAAAGCGCGUUUGACUUUUUCUUCUUCAAAAUACUGUCGGGAUCGAAAAUGUUACUCUUUCAAGAAAUGCGUUGCGUUACUAUUGUGAUUCCGUGACUGUCAUUUUAACGGAUUCGUCUCUUCAAACGUACGUCAUGUCACGUGCAGUCACGAACAGAUUGUCACGCAGAGUCGCCGUCUGGUAGGGUUCAGCGUUUCAAAAUGGCUAAAAUUGACCCAGUUUCACCUUUUUACUCCACUCUUUGAUUGGAAAAAGAAAUUUUGCAAUGGGAAAACCUACAAGAAGUACAAAAAAACGAGCCUUUAGGCUGUAAAUAUCUACUUUUGUGUGUUUCGAAGUUGGAAGUGUUUACACAAUUACCGCCGGCCUACCAUGAAAAUUCCUGAACUUCUAUGGUCUCUUACGGAGAUUACAUUCAAUAACCCAAGCCAAUUCCCAGGUAUGUUUUAAAUGAAUGUCUAAAUGUGUGAUUUAAAUAGCACUAAGAGAAUUUGGAGUUAUACCACAUGUUAAAUAUUGCCGUCGAAAAUGAGUAACGAACUUAAGGUUUUGUUAUCCUAAAAACCUAUCCCUCAUUUUUGAAUUAUUUCAGUACGACAAGCUUCGCUAUUGCCCUGAAAGUAUCUUUUAGUGGAAGAAAAGGAAUUUUUCUGUUCAUGGAAAGAGUCCAAAUUUCUCCAUGCGGCUUCGUUUGCGAACGCGAGGAUUGUUAAUGUUAGUGAAUUUCAGGUUAAAAAUUAGGGCAGUCUGAGUCUCCGACAUCGAAAACCGAUCUUCUAAUUUUUCUCACGAAUAAAAAGCUUUCGGCAGGAACAAUCUACUUUAGGUUUCUUAUCUACCUAAAAGCUGUCUAUGAACAAAAACUGAAAGAAAUUGAUUUUUCAACUCUUGCCACGAAAUUAAGAUUUUGGUCGAUUUUUCCUGACCGGCGCUCUUAACAGCUACUGUUUAUUUUUGUUAAAUUACUGUCAUUUUUUUUCUAGGUCAAUUUACAAAUGAGAGAUGUUGCUUACAAUUAGUAUAAAUAACUCCAGUGCUAUUAGGAUCGCAGAUGGCUAUUUCAAAAUGCAAAGGGAGUCAUUUUCAGAAGGCGUUUUUAAUAUUUAAACACCCAAUGUGGAGGGAAGAUUGGAUUGAAUUGUUGAUGAGCCCAUAUCGACUCUCAAAACAUCCAGUUUCAAGUUUUUAACACUCGUAAAUUCAUCUCCAAAAUAUUUGGCACUAUAGUGUUAUGGUCCUAUGUCCUUUCAAUAUUCCGAAAAUCGCUUUUCUUUUGGUUUGAUAAGAAAAAGUGAAGUGUCACUUGUGAUUUCAGAGAAAAACUGUGCAAAAUCAAAAUUCUUCUAUAGUGACAAGAAUAUAUGUUGCCAGGAAGUUUUUUUUUAUUAUUGUUGUUGAAAAACACAGGGCCAAGCUACCUGCACGUGAGUAUAACCGAACUACAAUAUUAAAAAACGAAAUAGAAAAAUUUAGAAAAAAAAUGCAGAAAAAAUAGCCAUACCUGACAGAGGUACUAAUUUUGCAAACCAAAUUCACUGUUUUUCUCUAUUUUUACCACACGCGAGCGCAGUUGGUCCAACGAUUGCGGAACAAUCAAGAUGUUUACUUCAUCAAACUUAACUUUUGAUGGGAAUAAAAAAAUUAUCUCAAUUACUCUCGGGAAACGAUAUGAGAGACGGAGAAGGAUGGAAACCUGCGGUGCCUUUUUCUGAAAAAUUCCUUGUUUCGCCGUAAAGCUCAGUAAACUGGGAACAAAAAACCUGCAACUUGUUUUGCAACAUUGCUGCAAAACGAGUUGACUAGCGAUGUUUCGCGUGUAACCAAGGACGUUCGAACCUGUCUUCCAACAAUAUAAGGUGGCAAGGUUUUCGUAAUCUGUAAAACGCGCAACAUCGCUUAAUUUUCAUCUCGUUUUGCAGCAUUGUAUGUUCCAAACAAGUUGCAAGUUUUAUGCGCCCGUUUGACCGUACAUUUAUGAAGCAAAAUUCCUACCAUAAAUCGCUUGACCUGUGCGCUUGACUUUAAUUAACCAAGCGCUAUUUUUUUCCCCUUUAUAGGAAGUACAUUUACGACGCAGUUGUUGUCGACAGCAACGGACAUAAAACGUUUUCUCCCAAACUAUAUUCGCCCUUUCUCUUUGACUUAACCUACUGCUCACACUAUAGCAGAUAGUAGCUUUUUGCGCCGACACAAAAAGCUAUCCGAUAUCAUAUGAACACCCAUCCCAUAUGUGACUCUCCACUUUAGAGAUCCGCACAGCGCAGCUUAACUCCGUUACACUGAAAUCGCGCCAAAAUCACCGUUCUUAUGUUUGAAAAGAAGCCCUAUUCGGCAUGGUUUUCGUGCCGGUGCAAAAGCUGUCCGGUGCAGUGUGAACAUAGCCUUAAACCCCUUCACUGCCAGAGUGUUUGAUGGAGUUUUGUCAGGUGACUCUAACUUUUCAGUCUGUGGACGAAAUCCUAUGAUGUGACCAUUCAAAUGAAAGCUCUCUGCCUGUACUUACACAUGGUGCUAUUUGUUUUUCAAAAUUUUACAAAAUGAAAUUUGAAAAUCUGGUCGAAAUUUGUCUUUGGCUACAUUUGGCAGUGAAAGCCUUAAAGAGACAAAUCAGCCGGCACCCAACGACAAUUUUCGGAAAAAUAUCUGUUCGGAAGACGAUUUGAGAUCUAGAAUUUUCGGAACAUUUGUUGUAAAAUUUCUUGCCAGCCUGCCUCUCCUAGGAUUUUCGAACAUCUAAAAAAUGGUAUAAUUGCCUAUUUUUAACGGAUUUUUACCCUAAAAAGGUCACCUAGAAUUUUCGGGAGCCUUUUUGCUGGCUGAAAUUUUCGAAAAGGUAAGUUUUGAUCUCUAUAAUUUUCGGAUCACUAGACUUUCAGCUAGGAAAUCCGAACAGAUGAAAAAUUUUUAGGGGAUAAAAAUAUGCCUAUAUCUACCGUUUAAAUACUAAAAUACGUUUAACAAUUCUAUGUUUAAGUGGUUUUGAACUAUAUUCUUGUUGGGUGCCCCUGACAAAUGAGACCACCUUACGUACGUCGUACCUACUGAAACAGUAGCAGACAGCAGCAACGCAACAGAAAGGGCGUUCUUCAGCAUCGUUCUUGAGCUCACCACCUGAGUACUGACAGUGCUGAACAGUAUUCACGAGAUUUAGCUUAAAAGACUAAUUAUCUGAAGUAAAUGCUCCCAGCAGCUCUCAACCUGCUUUACUAUGACUCACAGCAACCUAUCUAACCGUUGGUGGUAAAAUGUCGAAGAACACGCUAGCAAAGAAUUUAAUAUUUGGCCUAUUAAAAAUCUGUAAAGAAAGGAAGACACUUUCGCAAAAAGGGGUUAUCCCAUUUACCCGAGUUUGGAAUACUUAGUACAUUUAUUUACUUACUUUUGAGGGUCAUAUAGUUUAGCAGUUUUUUCGCUGUCAAAUGUUACGGUACCUCAUUAAAUAAUAAACAAAACCUACAACUAAUAAAGUUGCUGUUCACAUGGUUCACCCCUGUAGUUCUGAUGAACAGCUAUGAAAAAGAAGUUUUGAACACCUUUCUCUAGACUCUUCGUCGGCACAGCUUGAUAAUUAUUAGAUGCCAAGCAGUGGCCAUGGAAAGUUACAUCCAACCUUAAAGUCACGUGCCGAUCACAAAUUUCGAAGACCGAUUCACGACAUCUUUUACAUUCACGUGGCUAGCAGCCAUUCAUUAUAAUUAGUCGCAAAAGGAAGCGUUUACAUAAGAAAAGACUAGUUUGGGACACCAACGUGGACACCGUUUUAUUUUCUUUAGACACCAACAUGGAGGACCAGUUUCGGGGGACGUCAUGUGAAAAGGCUCAGUCAUUUCUGCAACAGAUUAUAUCUCCCAAAAGCGUUGUAAUUUAGACGAAGCGAAGUUUUUCAGCAAAAUUAUUCAUCUCCAUGCAGGACUUAGUCGAAUAUUAUCCCAAAAUACUAUAAAUUGAAAAUAAAUUUAGGAGGGGGUAACGAUGUAUCACAACUGAAAAAUAUCAUAAAGAGUACUUUUGUUGAAACAAUAGUUACCGUGUAAAAUUUAUACCUUUUUGUGAGGCUAAUCAGCCACAUUCAGUUUGUUAUAUGUAUCCAGGGGUGAGAAUUUGAGGAGGGAUCCUAACUUUUUGAAAGGAAAAUGUGGUUAGAAUCUAUUUCUGUAGAAAAGAGAUGCAAAAUUUUUGUUCAAUUCGUCUUAAAGUUCAUUGAGAAACCAUUACACAGUAGAAGUUCCUUAGUUCCAAGAUAAAGGCGGGUUAAAAAGGGCUUCACUGGCUGUAAUGUGGAUAUGCCACAUAGCAGGAACCGGUUGUAAGCGAUGAUUGUAUAACCUUUUAAAAUUCUGUCAACUUUUUAGAUGGGCCAAAAGCUAUGCUGGUUAGCGAGGUUAAGCUAUCAAGAGGACUGACGUUGGGAAAAAAGACUUUAAUUUAUAAAUAGUCACAGCGUUUAGAUCACAGGGAAGGAAAAAAUGACAGAACAACGCUGAGCAUGCUUGGGGGUAUAGGAAAUAGAUAACAAGUUAAAGUGUUCUUUAUCUCAAAAUAUUUUAUUACGGCUAUCAAUGUAAUAACAUACAAAAUUAAAAAAGCAAGAAAGAAAAAAAAAACAAGAAAACUAAAUGAAUAUAACACGCGUAUCUAGCUGUCUUUUAGCUCUGUCUUAUCGGACACGUUAAAGACAAUUUGCAUCCGAUUUUUGUAGUCUUGAUUACUGUUUACAUGGACGGAAGGAAGAUUUAAGCACGAGGAAGAUUCCAGAAGGCUGAACAUCUUGUCGUUGGUUUAUAUGCGAGACAACUUAGCCGGGGUGGGUAACAAGAAACCCAUUCAAAAAAGCUGUUUUUAAUUAAAAGUGGUCGGUUUUAAAGGUUCUUUUUUGGGGAUACUAACGAAUCGAUCCUCGAGACCAUUUUCUCUUCGUUACCUGUGUAAAUCUGUAUGGCGCUAAGGAUAAUCCUCCCGGUCCCAAAUCUUCCUAGUGCCACGAACUUUUUCCCUCUAUGCACAAUAAACAUCCCCAAUUUCUGGCAUCAAUAGGUUACUUACAAAUAGCAUGCAUUAUUUUUGUAUCUCUUGGUUUGUAUAGCGUUCCGAAUUUCCUCCCCUCCUCCUUGCCCUCUCAUAAAGCAAUACAUUUGCGCACAUAAUACUCGCACAAAAAGGCUUUAAAAUCAGUAUAAUUCAUACUAUUACGACUCGCUAGGUUUGUUGUAACUUAAGAUCAGCCCAAAAACUUAUCUUUUAACACCGUACCCUUUAAACCUAGUACAACGGUACCUCACUUAUGGACAAAUAACUCAAUAUUGUUUAGACCAUAAAGUGCAAACACGUGCGAUUAAGAGUACAGAAAACAGUCAAUGCAUUGCUUUUUAAUCAUUUAUCGAAAUUUGAACAUUGAAUUAUGAUAUUAAGAAUUUUGAUAGCUUUGAAGGUACUCAAUUGCUAAGUGUUUGCAAUUUUCCUCGUUUGACCACUGUCAAAGAAUGACUCCCUCCCUCUCUUUCUCCCUCCCUUCCUUUCGCCCUCUCAUCCUUUCGCCCUCCCUUUCUUUUGCCCUCUCUUCCUUUUGCCCUUCCUCUCUUUCGCCUUCUCAUCCUUUCGCCCUCCCAUCCUUUCGCCCUCCCUUUCUUUUGCCCUCUCUUCCUUUUGCCCUUCCUCUCUUUCGCCUUCUCAUCCUUUCGCUCUCCCUUUCUUUUGCCCUCUCUUCCUUUCGCCCUUCCUCUCUUUCGCCUUCUCAUCCUUUCGCCCUCCCAUCCUUUCGCCCUCCCUUUCUUUUGCCCUCUCUUCCUUUUGCCCUUCCUCUCUUUCGCCUUCUCAUCCUUUCGCCUUCUCAUCCUUUCGCCCUCCCUUUCUUUUGCCCUCUCUUCCUUUUGCCCUUCCUCUCUUUCGCCUUCUCAUCCUUUCGCCCUCCCUUUCUUCCUUCCUUUUCCUACCUUCCCCCAUUUUCCCUUCCCUUCCUUCCUUCCUUCCUUUGUUCUUUACCCUU